UUUUUCAGAAAAAAUCGCGUUUUUCUUUCAAAGUAUUUUAAAAAAGUUAAAAAUUGAAAUGUCAAAAACUUUCUCGGCAUUAGGUGAGAAAAACGUUUUAAUGAAUGAGCCCUGAUCAUUCAAUAUCAAGUGUUAAUCCAAUUAUAUUUUAUAAGAUUAAAGCCCACCAUCAACAAACUGAUUGCACCUUUUUAGUGUGGCUUUAGACCUGGAAAAUCAACAACCGACCAGAUAUUCACCAUGCGCCAAAAAACCAUGGGAAGAGAAUCGACACAAACCUCCUCUUCGUCGAUUUCAAAGCUGCUUUUGACAAAGCGGGUGCCUUUAUGCCGCUAUGUCUGAAUUUGGUAUCCCCGCAAAACUAAUACCGCUAUGUAAGCUGACGUUGAGCAAUAUCAAAAGCUCCGUCAGGAUCGGGAAGGACCUUCUCGAGCCGUUCGAUACGAAACGAGGUUUCAGACAAGGCGACUCUCUUUCGUGUGACCUCUUCAAUCUGCUCUUGGAGAAAAUAAUUCGAGCUGCAGGACUUAAUAGAGCAGGUAGUGUAGUACCCGCCGGGGGAAGCAGAUGAAUAGGAAGUUCUUCAUUCCGUUGGAGAGAUCAGGUGGAGAAGGAUCUGGCUGCACUUGGUAUCUCGAAUUGGCGUCAAAUUGCUAAAAGAAGAAACAAUUGGGGCGCUGUUGUUAACUCAACUGUAAUCGCGUAAGCGAUGCCUAUGCCAUUGAAGAAGAAAAAGAGUGCAAGAGACAAGAUAAUAUGGCCCAUGUACACCCGUACAUCUUUUUACGUGCGUAAAGGGCAGUAUUGGUCUUUAUUUUGCUGUCUAAUUUUAAUCCGAUGUACAUGAUGGGCUUGCUGUUACUUCGAUAUGUUAGUAGAUUUUGGGAUAUGACAUUUCACUUCAAGGAAGGCGGUGCCUCGCCUAUUUACCAAUUUGUCCAUCAAUUCCCAAACAGAACAUCCAUACCAUCUUUAUUUUAUUUAGUACAUAAGUUAUUAUAUUGGCAGUGGUUUUCACUACUUUUUCGGGAACACAUCUUUUUCUUCUUUACUGGCGUAGCUCGGGUACACAUAGAGAAUAUAAAGACAAAAAUUGGUAAAUUUAAGCUUUCAUUUUCAGCACAGUAUCAAUUGAUCUAAAAGACAUCGUAUCGACUGUUCCGAAAUUUCGCCAAUAUCAUCAUUUUAUUUGAAUUUCAAGUACCAAACUUUACUUUUUAUGUGGUACAGCAAAAUAUAAAAUUUAGUUACACGAUAGUGAAAUUUUUCUCCUCAAUUCAAUACAGAAAAAAGUUACCAAUUAUUGAAACCAAAUGUCGGCGAAAUCACGAGCUUCAAUUUUCGGCAUCCAAUAGUCGGUUAUCAUGGCGCGAUAAUAGUCGCCAUUUACGGUUACGUUUUCACAUACAUAAUUAUUGAUGAAAUAUGGACCAUGGAUCCACCGGCCCAAAAACCAGACCACCUACAGGUUGCUCUUUGUCCCAAGUGCGGUAAAUUUUGCUUAUUUACAUACCCACUGAGCAUGAAAUGGGCCUUAUCGCUGAACGAAAUUUGGGAGCAAGAGCUUAUAGGGCAAAGCGAUGUUGCUUGGGAAGGUCGAGGGGCUUCAGUUUGUAAACAAACCGUAUUUUGUUCGCUUUCAAUUUAAGAUCCAUACUGAGUGAUUUGUAAACAUUGUUAAGGCGUAGGUCUUUCCAUGAUGAAAUGUCAAACAAUACUGAACAAAAAUGAGAUGACAGUUUGUCGCGAGUCACACGUGAUCUGUCAAAUAAAGGCUAAUGAAAAAAAUACCCUUAUAUUGAUUAUUGAUUGUUACAGUAACACAAAAUUUAAAUAUCGCUUGAUUGUUUAUUUUGAAUUUCAAUUAUCAUUUACGUUUCACUUGGACCGCAAUGCAAAUUUCUAUCAAACCUCUGAGAUUCAAAGUCCGAUUUAACAGCCUUACAAACACUUGUCUGUAUGUAAAAUAUUGUUUUUAAUCCAACAGGUUUUUGCUCACUUGCUUAGAAAGAUGGUAAGCAAGCAAAAUAUACCAUACAUAAAGGGUUUGUCCGGAAAGUAAUACGACUGAGUCGAUUAAAAAAAAUUUAUUAAAACAAUCGUUACAAUUCUUUAAAGACACGGAGAGCAUUCUCUGGAAUAGCCUUGAGAGCCGAGGUGCAUGCUGCUCGGAUCCCUUCUACUUGCCUUACAUCGGCCUUUUCAGGUGAGGAAACAAAAAAAGUCCGUUGGGCCACAUCUGGACUGUAGGGUGGCUGUGGAAGCGUUGGGAUGCCGACUUUGGUUAGAUAGCUGUUCACAAGAAAGGCUAAGGUUAGAUAACUGUUCCAAUCGGCUGCGAUGUCGGACUCGAUUGCGUCUUCGUUUGCUUUAACGGUUUGAUCAGGAGGAACAAAUUCAUGGUGGACGAUGUCUUUGAUGUCAAAAAAGACAAUAAGCAUCAUUUUCACCUUGGAUUUGUUCACUCUUUCGGUAUUCCGGCCCUCCAAAAAGAUCUGGUGCCACCGAAACACACCACUUCUUGCUAAAGCAACAUCUGGGUAAGCGUGCUUAGUCCUAUUUCUUACCGGACAAGCCCUGUACAUACGUAAGCCCAAUGUACACUUUGAAAAAUCUCAAAUCGUUGACAUUUUGUUUACUUUCACUUGUUAUUUGAAGCUAUAUAUUUUCUCAAUCUUUUUACUGCCAACUAAAAAAAAAAACAUUAGAACGAGCAAGACUUCAGUUUGUUAGUGAUUUACAAAUAAAUAAUGGAAGCAUUUAAUUUAUUACCCUUUGCUAAUGUUAAAAUUUGAAUUGAGAAUUCUCAGCUGCAAUUAAGUAAUUUCAAGUCAUUGAUAAGUUUUAGGCAUUUGGUCCGUAUUUCAUUACUUCUGAAAUUGCUAUCGUACUAAAAUGUUUAUUGGGUGAGUGUAUACAUUCAAACAUUUAUUGAAAAAAAGCUCAAAGCGGUCUGAAUAGGAUAGACGCUAAAAUUUGCCUGUAAAACAGAGUGAAUCUUGUAGACGCCAAGUGUCUGAAAUAAUGACCCGCCCACAAAUAUGCACCAGUGUACAUGUGCGGUUUUAAUCUGUAUCGCAAACAAUUAAUCUGCAUUAAAAACAAUUAAUAGAAAACGCCUCGGAAGCGAAAAUCUGGUAUAUCCAAAAUGGCAUGGUAGUUUUAUUGACUGCUGAUUUCCGUCAAACCCUCCCAGUGAUUCAGAGGGGGACACCAGCAGAUGAAAUUCAAGCGUGCAUUAAAUCAUCACGCUUAUGGUCGACAGUUGAAAAACUCCGCCUGAAAACUGAUAUGAGAGUGCAUCUUCAUAAUGACGUGGAUUCAGGACUUUACGCAGAAAUGUUGUUGAAAAUUGGUGAUGGUUGUUUAGCUGUUGACGUUGAAGGCUAUAUAUUACUGUCAAGAGAAUUUUGUAAUUUAGUAGAAAGUGAUGUGGAUCUCAUUGCUAAUGUUUUUCCGGAAUUGCAACAAAAUUUGUGUAGUGAUCAGUGGUUGCGUGCAAGAGCAAUAUUAGCACCAAGAAAUGAAAUUGUUAAUAGGAUCAGCACUGAUAUUUUAAACGAGGUUCAAGGAAAAAUGAAGGAAUAUUUGUCAAUGGAUACAAUUUUAGAUACGGAACUAAGUACUUCAUAUCCUGUGGAGUUUAUAAAUUCACUUGAACUAUAGGUUGUACCGUCACAUAAACUUCAAUUGAAACUAAAUAUACCAGUAGUGCUUAUGCGAAAUCUAGAUGCUCCUUUCCUAUGUAAUGGAACAAAGCUUUGGAUGACAAAAUUGGGACAGAACAUACUUGUUGCUACUAUUUUAACAGGUGUCGGUAAGGGAAAUAUUGUUAUAAUACUUCGGAUACCAAUUAUUCCCACUGACUUUCCAUUCAAAUUUAAAAGGGUUCAGUUUCCUGCAAAGCUUAGCUUUGCUGUUACUAUAAACAAGGCACAAGGACAAACAUUACUGGUAGCAGGAGUGCAUUUAGAAAACCCAUGCUUCUCUCAUGGUCAACUUUAUGUAGUGUUCACGCGUAUCUAAUGCCCAGAAUUCACACAUAUAUGUAUUAUUUUUUUAAAUUGUUAGAAUUCAGAAUUAUUGAUUUUUGAUACGGUGAAAUAUAUUUUAACAUUAGUUUUUGCAUUUCAAUACGCAUAUUUUAAGGUGUUGAAUCUUCAUUGUCUGUAGAAAUUUUUAAAAAUUGUUGAUCUCAGCCAAGCAAUAAAAUUUAGUUAUCAUUUUGACUCAUUUCUAUUAUUAUACCCUUACCCUUUAUCUCUCAUACUUAUUUAAUGGCUCUACUGCGGGCGAAGCCGCGGGGAAAAGGAUAGUUUUCUAUACUUCAACCAGUUAGUUUUAUGUGAUGUAAGAGAAACUUUUGGCUCAAAUAUCAUGGGCUGUUCGUAUAACUUUAUUAAUACAGGUGAAUCAUCAGAUGAUAAGUCUGUACAUUAGGCCGGGUCGAUUUGUGGGGAGGCAAAAAAAUCGCCCAUUGCUCUAUGAAAAUCAUAUUCUAGGGAUCAAAAUAAGAAACUAUGCCGAAGGAACCAUACCUCUGAAACGAAUUCUGAUGUCCCCGAAUUUGGGUCGAACUUUCGGGUAGGGCCAAAUUUUGAAAUAGAAUUGAAAUUACCAUUCUUAUUACCUCUAAAAGUGAGGAGAACUAAAGCAAUAACCACUAUGGUAUUUCAAAAAAAAUUAUAAGUGAAGUGACUAUUUCAAAUCAAAAAGUUUACAAUGAAUCCACCAUCUUCUACACCGCAAGAUGAAGCAACUAUCGAAAACCCAAUGAGUCAUAUACCCAAGCAUGAUGUUACUGUUUUUGGUGUGUCUACUGAUUUGACUGAUCUUAUUUUACCAACCCAUCUGGAUAUCUUGAGAUAUUAUUUUUACUUAAGCGAACGUGAUAAAACAGAACAAAAAAAGUUUUCCCAUAAAUCAUUCACUAUUCAAGUACAAGAUAAGUUGAUUGGAAUUUGGGAAAAACUUGGUAUAGAAAUAAUGCUGAAAAAAAGUGUAGGUACUAAAUUGAAUAAAUUGCUUGACAAGUAUCAAGAGCAAAUCAAGAGAAGAAACAACACCCAACAAUUUACAGAGUAUGUAAAAUCUCUGGAAACAAUUUUUUACAUUGGAACAUGUAAAUGCGAUUUGAAGGCAGCUCCAUGUGCAUGCGGCUGGGUUCCCGAACGCCUCAAAGAGUUCAUGCACGAUCAACAUAAUCAGAGAAGACUAACAAUGAAUGCAUUUAUGAUGGAAACUGAAGAGCAAGGAGCAACGUCUAUGUCAUCAAUGCCAACAUACCAAGAUCCCGAUGAUUCAACAUACGCACCGCCACCGGUUCAAGAAGAUAUGGAUAGAAGCACAAGUUCAUAAUACACAGAGAGAUACGAUUGUUUUAACUUUGCCUUGGUAUGUGACAGAUUUGGUGUGCCUGACAGAGUAGUAUCAGCAUUGGGAACCGCUCUUUUGCAAGAUUUUAAAAUUAAAGAUAAGCAUGGGAAACCUCCCAUCAUGGAUAAAUCGAAAGUUCGCAGAGAAAAGGAGAAAUGCAGACAAGAAGUGCUUCGCAAACGGUUAGAUGAUACCAAUUUGUUAGCGUUUUCAUCCGAUGGCAGAAAAGAUGAUACUUUAACGAUAGAUAAAAUUGAUGAGAAGUAUCAUACUAGGAUGGUAAAAGAACCUCAUCUUGUUAUUUUGAGAGAACUCAAUUCUGAAUUGAUUGGUUACGUAAGACUGGAACAUGAAACCGCUAAAUACAAAACAACCAAAUUAAAUGGGUUUUUCAACGAUAAAAAUAUAUCACUGGAUACAUUAAUUGGAAUAUGCACUGACGGUGAGCCAACAAACACUGGCCCACACGGUGGAAUUAUACGACGAUUCAAAUUGCUGUUAAAAAGACCAUUGCAUUGGUUUGUUUGCCUUCUACACUUCAACGAACUUCCGUUUCGGCAUUUGUUUGAUGCUUUGGAUAAAUCAACCAGCACUGGACCAAGAUCGGCAACCGGAAAACUGAGCCGUCAAAUCGAAACUUGUGAAACUCUUCCGGAGGUGGACGGCUUCCAGAAAAUUGAGUUGCAAAAUAUGCCCCCUGCUCCAGAAAAAAAAGAAUUUUCCACCGAUUCGAAGUACUUAUACGACAUGGCCCAUGCAAUUUCUAGCGGCGUGGUUCCGGUGGAUCUGGCUAACAUCAAACCAGGGAAAAUUGUACAUUCUCGGUAGCUCACCAAGGCCGCUAGAUUAUUGCGAUUAUAUGUGACAACGGAAAAUCCAGAUGCAAAUUUAAGAAUUCUGGUUGAAUUUAUUAUUAAAUGUUAUGUGCCAAUGUACUUCAAUAUCAAGUAUUACAGCUCUGUCGUGUACGGCAGUGCAUUAUUUUUCAAGUUCAUUGGUUGGUCACGAUUUCUAGAACCUCGUUUACGCAAAAUUGUCAAUCUAGUAAUUAAAGAUAAUUCAUAUUAUGCGCAUUCGGAAAAUAUCUCACUUAUAUUAAUUUUUUCAUUUACAUAUGUUCCGACUAAAUAAAUUUCUUAAGAGAAAAAUAGAUAUUAUUAUAAAUAAAUAAAUAAAAAUAAAGAAAAAACAUAGCCAUUUAGCUGAUUUUUCAUGUAAAGGCCAAAUAUGGUGAUUUUUUGAAAUGAUUGUAUGGGGAACCCCCCAGGGGAGUUCCAGGGGGUGUGCCACUGGCAUGGGUGGAUCGGCCGUCCAAAGUUAGUGGAGGUCGGUCAUACAUUUGGACUCGAUUGGAGCACUCUAAAUGGGUCAAAGUGGGAUUUUUCAAAAUCCCAAAAGUUCGACCCAAAUUGGGGGACAUCAAAAUUCGUUUUAGAGGUAUGGUUUCUUCGGCAAAGUUUCUUAUUUUGAUCUCUAGAAUACGAUUUUCACAGAGCAGUGAGCGAUUUUUAAAUCGACCCGCCCUACUGUACAUGUAUCAGCUGCCAUAAGCAAUCUAUCUAUAUUUUUGACUACAGCAAAAUCUAUUGUCUGGUAUUUUCUUCUAUCACUGGGCCAGUAUGCAUUUAAUCUUGUUAUCCCCAAAGUGCACCAAUGAAAUAAAUGAGCAAAAUUGUUUUCCAAUAAUGAAUGUAUAAUUUCUGUUACUACAUUCGAAAUUUUUCAGAUAUCAUGAAAUAUUUUCAGCUUCGGUUACAAGUUUCUAUAUGAAAGGAUAAAUCCAACAUCUUCCGGAAGAACUGUGUUAAUUCCUAGGUGAUGAAGGAAUGGGUAAUGUCGGCAGUACACAACAUCUUAAUUUAGAAGAUGUUAAUAACGAAAUACAAUCGUAUUAUAAGCAACAACAGCUGCGUCAUUCUUCUAAGCGUCAGCAGUCUCCUAACCCGCGACGUAGUAAUUUUAAUUCUAACAGCAAAGUAAUGCAUUGGACACGUUCAUUGCCGCAUGUGAUUAAUAAUGGCGGAGUAGAUGUAGUAACACUUAAUCGUGAUAUCGCGAUGUCAGUGCCAACGACUAUACUGCCGAAUUGUAAAGUACUACCGCACGUGAAUGAGCGGUUCAAACUCCGCCCAACAACAAAUGGGGUUAUACUCUCUUCAGGUGGUACGAUCAGUGGGAAACGCGAACAGCUUCACAAACAAAUUACAAAGGGAGCCGGAUUCCAAUUGUCACAGCCACGUGGCUUGAAACAGCGUUCACAGACAUUUAUAUAUGACGACUCAAAGAAUGACAGUUGGAAGUGCACACGGGCAACUCAACUUAAUUUUGAGCAAUGUUUUGACCUUCAGAAUUGUCGACAAUCAUUUCCAGCUUUCAGACGUUCACAAACAAACCUUGGGCUUAAUAUUAAAAGUGAUCAAAAUCAGGCUAUUAAAAGUCUUCGCAGAAAAAUGGUUUUCGCUUCUACCAAGACCAAGAUAGCUGAAGAAGAAUUAAAAAAUAUUAAAACAGGCCAAAGACAAGUAGAAGACAAGGAUCAAGUUCCCAGCAUAAAAAAUAAGUACAAUAAGAAAAGGAAAGCUCCUCCUGCACCUUCUUUAUCGGUGAUGCCAGUUUCCAAAAGCGCAACAUCUGCAACAAGUUCUCCAAGUACCGAUAAUAAAUACUUCACUGAGACUAUAACCAAUAAUUCUUAUACAAGAAUGAUUACACCAACGGCGGCUUCCGAUAGUCUUUUAGAUAACAAAACGUUAUUGGGGGAUUUUCCGGCAAGGUAUAGGCUUUUUCACUCAAAUGUGAGAAUAUCUCCAUCCAAGCUAGCUGUAAAGAACUUACAUGAGCCCCAACAGCAAACUCAAAAUCAACUCAUGAAUGCUGAAAAAGACUUUACUUCGCUAUCAAUUGCUUCUACAAAAGAUGCAACGAUGGAAAUUUGCAACCAUUUGCGAAGGGAAAAGAGUUCAUCCGCUAUUUUACUACGACAAAAGAACACACGACAUGACAUAAAUAAUGAACCAUUAAUAACAGAAAACGUUUUUUCAAAAUCCUCCUCACUAAGUCAAUUAAAGAGCAAAGAUAGCAAACAUAAAAAUGGCCAGCAAAAGUAUUCCUCCUCCAAAAUUCCUCAAUUGAAUCGAACUCUUUAUUUCGGCAUGUCUACCAGAUCUAUACAGGCAUUGGCAACGGCGGAGGUAGUUGAAACUACUCGACAAAAAGAUUAUUUAAUAAAUGGGAAAAAUUUAGCAAGGUAUGAAAAUUCCGAAAAUAUAGACACUUCUUCUACAGUAGUCAUUAAAGCCACCACUGGCGACUUAGUCAGUGACUAUAAGACACAUGCGCCCAGCGACAUCAAACCUAUUAUAGAUAAUGGUCUAUUAAUUCAAGUUCGUCCAACUUUACCGCGUAGACAACUUAAUACAUCGAACUUUAGCCCCGUGGUCGCAUGGCAUAUGUUAGUACAUCAACAACAUCAUCAUAAGCUACAAGAGUUUAAGCACACUUGUGGAGAAAAAAUUAGAAAACAAAAUAAUAGUGAGGAUAAAACUAACAAAAACGAAAUCUCAGCAAAGUCUUCCUUGUUACCUUACCUUACUAGAAAUAAAAAUGGGUUUCAAUGCGUUCGAGGAGCUGCUAAGAUAUCAAAAGAAGCGCCAAUAAAAUUAACAUCUAAUUUAAAUAAGAUAACACUUAGUAAUACUUGGACACCACAACAAGAUUUGGGCUAUGAGGAUGAUGAUUACGAUGAAGAUGAAGCGGAUUCAUCUGAAAAGCAAUUUUCCAAAAGUGCAGUACCAAAUCAUAUCGCUCAACAAGAAAAUCCCUCUAGUUGUGCCCAGGUAAAUAGAAACAGUACUGAGGUAAGUAAGCUGGGAUCGCCGGAAGUUAGUCGCCCUGAAGCAGUUGGAAAAGCAAUUAGUACAACGAAUAUACAUGUUUUUAGUCUUACGCUUCCGCGAGAUGUACAUACGAAAGCCCAACGUAAGAUUUUACAGCCGAUCUACACUUCAUCUACUCUGCCAAAUGAGCCGACACGUAGUGCAGAUAGUACAGCAGGUUCGCCCUAUAAACCGAUUUCCAAGUGUUGUUGUUCACACGGUGGAAUGAAAAUUCAUCAACGUCUGCCUUUAGCGCUUGAUGAUAUACUACCGCAUGAAAACAAUUGUCCAAUACGUUCCGACAACGAGAUUGUUAUUAGUGCUUCUGAGCCUCUGAGUAACCUCACUGACAAUUGGGUACUGCAUAAAGUGAAAUAUGACGAGGGUGUAGCUUUAAAUACUUGUCAAAUUUCAUCUGAUGGGCGGUAUAAAAAAUGGAAUUCUACGGCUUCGGUGGAGCCCAUAUCUUUAUCAUAUUUGACAGCUGGAAAACAUGUAAUGUAUCUACCUGGUGAAGAACCAAAUACCAACACCACUCGUAAUGGAGUAUCAUGUAGAACCACUAUGCGGAAAGGUGAACAGAACCAGUACAAACAACAGCAACGUCGCCAGGAAAUAGUAUGCCAAAGCUUGCGGGAUGAAUUAACGAAUCUGGGUAAUUAUACUCUAACCGCCUCACAUGUACCUGUAAAAGCUGCUUCUGGCAUCGAAAGGCCGCAACAAUUUACGUUUCAAAGUACUAUACGUCUAUUAGAAAAAAAACGUUUGGCUGAACGACUUGCAAAAGAUGCUAAACUUAGGGAAGCACAGAGGAAAUGUGAAAUGGAAGCGAUGAAGUGUGUUGAAGAUGAUUUUCAACGCAAACGCGUCAUUGAAAAAGCCAGUAUUCGAUACCAGGUACAGUUACAUUUGAGUGCUGAGAAAGUUAAGGAGAACGGGAUAGCAACUGUUGAUGGGAAUUUAUCACCUGAAGUACCACAUGGGUUGCAAUAUGAUCACAACAACAACAUUGCAUGUCGGGCUGAUCCAGAUGGUGCUGUAUCGAACACAGAGAAAGUACGCUGAACUAUUCCGAUUGUGGUGAUGAAAGUGAUACUGAAGUAGCUGAAUUAUCCAACUUUCAACAUCCGGAGACUUUAUUAGAACCAUAUCUCCAAUCAAUAAUAAACUGAUAUACAUUCUAGGUUUAAAGUAAUUUUAUUAUGAAGAGAAAACUAACAAUAAUGAAACUCUACGAACUGGAAAUUCUUUUUGACAUGUUACAUGUAUAACCAAUUAAUGCAUUGAUUAAUUAUACUCUUGCAAUAUAAAUAUUGCUACAGUCUAAAAUAUUGUAGAUUUGUUCACCUAAUGUGUGAUUGUCUCACCUGAAACAAAUUGAAAUAUAUUUGCAGUACAUAUAUACUUGUAUGUAUGACAAGACGAGUGGAAAUCCGGAUGACUGUCUAUCAGACCGUCCAUCAGUCGCUUCAUGCAUAUAUUGAGUAAAAAUUUAAAUAUUUUGGUGAAACUUCAUUUACGUGAUCCUUGGCACUCAAAGGGGGUUAGUAUUGCAGAGGGAGCAUUGCCACGCACACAAAACGAAUUAAGCGGAAACGUAUAAAGUGACAUAACUAAGCACUAAAGUAAGAUAUAUAUUUGUAACUGUAAUUAGGCACAGAGGAUAGCAGUAGCAAGGGCCAACUGUGGGCAAAAUCUUUUUAAAUAGUGAGCGUACUCGUAUAUGUCUCUCAGACUAUUCUCCCUACUGGCAAUGUGAAAAUGAAUGAAAUCGGAUCAUAACCUUGCUCAUUCCAUAUAACGGUACUUUUAAAACUACUAAAUGCUCCAGGGAUAGUAUUAGACAGCUUUAUAAGAACCAAGGUUAAAAACGGUCAAUGAGAGCGGCCCACCCUUUUUUAGGUUAAUUACAUAUCUCGGAAAACGCUCGACCGAUUUCAACCAAAUUCCGUUCAUGAUGAGUUAAGGUAAUAACUUUCCUAUGUAACAUUAUGAAAAUAAUGCAAUUUUCCAAAUUGAACCGAAAUCGCCCACCGCUUGCUGAUCAGGUAUCAGAAAAGUGGCAGCGCCAACUUUUAGCGAAAUCGCCGAAACCGCGUAGGCGUGUUCGAACACAGCAGAGAGGAUGGUGCCAUCUCUUGCUAGGAAUGGAAGAGAGUGGUGGCGUCUAUCUCCUCAAUAUUCUUAAAGGUAGUCAGAGGAAACUCUGGGCUACACCCAAGGUGUGAGAGUGCCGGAUGGCACCAUGGGCUUCUUAAGCUCAUGAGAUGUGCCGAUGAGCGAUAGGCUAUCCUAUAUGAGGAGGCAGUCUCUCAGGUGGCGGAGGUAUGGUAGGAAGCCUGAUGUGAGGCUGUAGAUAAACAGCCUUUCCUUCGCCAUCGGGCUCGCGUUUGGUUGCCAGCUGAACCUUCCUCACCGAGUAAAAUUGAGAAAAUCUUUAUAUACUGUAACCCCCUCACCACCCACGCUUGACUAAGGCUGGAGCGAAGUCGCCAAGUGUUCAUUCUGGUAUAUUCGGAGCCCGUCGGUCCUCUCAGCGAAACAAAGGGAACCAUAAGCAAUUGGUUCGAAGGGGGGUGGAUGCCAAACCUGAUAGUGCUCAGGCUUCAGAUAAUGUGGAUUCAAAAGAUGAACAUUAUCAAAUGACCAUGGAGCAGAUAGAGCGAGUUCUGGGAGCGGUUCGUCAAUUUGCGACUCCGUCCUCAGUCUUGAGCAGCUGUUUGGGAGGUGCGGGUCUUGUCCGACAUGGGCGCUGAACUAGCGCUUCUAGAGGAGAGUCUGAAGAAUGAGAUUUCUUCAGAUUAACGUCUGCUGCUUCAUCUGAAACAAGACAAAUCCGAUGUCGUCUUGAUCCAGGAACCGCAGGCUAUUAAGGUGUCAUGCAACUUAUUGGCUGGCACUUAUCUAUAUGAACUGCAUAAGACUGAGUUUCAUCCCGGGAGCUGUCUGAGGUUCCCACAUUAUGUCCAAAAACUUUAGGGCCAUGAGCCUAUCGUCCUUCUUACUCAAAACUCUGGAGAGACUGAUGGACUGGUAUAUAGGGGACGCGAUGACCAAGUAUGUCAGUAGAUUCUAUCCUGCACACUAUCGUGUCAUGGCUUAAGGAAGCCUUGAUAUAUAAGGGAGCUUUCAAUAACGUCUUGCUGAACCGUUUAAUAUCUGACGCAGCGGUAUCUCAGCGUCGUAACAAAUUGGGCACUCGCCAUCAACCCAAAUAAAACCGAGAUGUUUUAUUCACUAGAAGAUACAAGAUCCCAGCGGAUACAGUGAAAUAUCUAGGGCUCAUCCUGGAUUGAAGCUAUCAUGGAAGCCGAAUGUUGAUGAGAUAGCAAAAAAGGCAUCGAUUUCCUUGUACUGCUGUAGUAGAGCCAUGGCCAUAGGUAGGGUCUCUCACAGAGAGUAGUCCUCUGGCUCUACGACACCAAAGUUAAGCCCAUUAUGUUCUGUGGUGUCUUCAUGUGGUGGACGGCUCUAGAAAAGACCACACUUGCCAAGAAACUCGAGAGCGUUCAACGGGUGGCUCUCAUCAGCAUGUGCACUAAGGUCCACUCCAACCAUGGCAUCUAACUCCAUCUCGCACAUAUUGCUCGUGAACAUUGCUGGAAGGUAUAUGGCUGCGAAAGUUGCUAUCAGUCUGGGUUUUUAAAAGUACACGUCUCUAAACACUCGGAAAUCCUCACUCAAUUUGUCACUCAAUUUUUCGACAAGCCGAACUCUGGUGGCUCCUUCUCUACACAUAUACAGUCGAGGGAGUUGUGGGUAGGAAGAAGCCGUUGGAGGAACAGGACAGGGAGCUUCUUCACGGAUGGGUCAAAGCAUGGUGGGAAUGUUGGUGCAAGAGUUUAAUGUUAGGAGCUCUCUAUCAACUCCGGUUUCAGAUUUCCUGACUAUUGCAGUGUCUUCCAGACCGAGGUUACAGUAAUUAAAGUAGCAGAAGAUUUACUAUACUAACCUUGAAAUAAUUAAGAAAGGCAUUCGCUAUCGGUAGAAUAGGAGCGAGUCGGUGCGUAUCCUCUUGUGUUCUCCUACUGAAUAGCUGAGCUUCGCGGAAGUUUGGCCAGUGCUGGGCCACCAUCGGUACAUGCGCUGCCGCAAAAGCUCUUUGGCUAGAUCGCAAGAGAUCAAGUGACCUCUUUGCCACCUGUAAAGCUAGAAAGGCUCUCUGGUUGUGGCGAUUUUAACAGGUCAUGGCUCUAUUGAAGUCCUUGCUUUAAGGUUGGAAAUCUUACCAGACAUGAUCUUAGCGUUUUGUUAAUUCAUAUGACACAAGAGUUCUUCUUUUCUACGCCCUCACAAAGAACUUCGAAUAGUAGUCCACGUGCGUUCUUUGAUCAGCCAUCUAACCUAACCUAACCCUAACCUAAUUAGAAAAUCGGAUGGCCCGAUUGAAAUCCUACCAAAAAAUAUGUAAGACCCCUAAUAAUAAUGUAAAACAAUGAAAAACAAAGAAAAUUUAAAUGUAUUUGAUGAAACGAUUUGUAAUGUGGUGCAUGAACAAUCAAAUUUUGACAAAGUUUUUAAUUAUUAAAAAACAUUUAUUAAUUAAGAGCUAACAAGCUUAAAUACAUUUACUAAGUAUUGAAAGUUCAAAAGUCAGUUGCUUGAAUGUACCAUAAAAUGCUUUAAAUUGAUUCUCCAUAUAUUAAAUUACCGCUAUAUAGUAAUUAGUAUGCAUGAAAGUUUUCAAGGUGCAUUCGCUUGGUGUGUUCUGAAACAAUAAUAAUAAAUUAAAAAUGAACAAUCAAAUAAAAACCAGUGCACACAAACUAUUAAUAAUAAACAUUAAUAAAUAGUGCACAAAACAAAUAGUUAAAAACAAAAAAACAAUAAUGAAUUCUUCGCAGCCUCACCAGCAAAACCGUAGGCAUUGUUUAAAUGCCUACUUUCAUUUUGUCGAGCCAACAAAAGUCAUCGCAGCGAUCAGCUGAAAGGGAUACUAAGCAAGCGCAGUCAGCAGAAGCAGCAGUAAACAGCAAUCGGGCAGCAACAAAUCCACUGACAACAGUGAAAGAAAACAAAAUGCAUGAUGAGGGUGUACCAAGCAAAAAAGGUUCAUCAGUUCAGACUGGUAGUGAUCGCUACAUUAAUGUAAAAAGGAAAUCGAUUCUUAUUAAAUCAGCGGUCAAUACCAAAAAAUUUCAACCUGGCACGCCAAAUAGUAAAAAGCCAGAAAUUCUUAACGGUAACAGAUUUGCCAUACUGAUCAAAGGGCCUAACGACGAUGCAAAGGGUACCACCACAGUGGUGAAUGCCAAACACCCUCCAAUCUACUUGCGUGAGCGGAGCUCAAAUGCUCUUGUCGCUAAAUUAAGUAAAAUUGUAGAUACUAAGAAUUUUCAUAUAGUGCCGUUGAAAUAAAGUAAUAUAGAUGAAACAAAAAUUCAGUCCUACACUGUAAAAAGUUUUAUGGAAAUUGUUAAAUUUCUGUCGAAUAAAAGAAGAACUAUUAUUUAUAUCAACUGAAGAGUUCUAAGGAUCUAGUUGUUGUAAUUAAGGGUAAAGAGUCCGCCGUAGGCUCUAGUGAAGUCAAAGAAGCAUUGGAACAAUGCGGUUUUGGUAUUAAAAAUGUUGUAAAUAUAUUUAAUAAAAAUAAAGUACUACAGCCAAUGUUUAAAAUUGAA